AUGGGAGUUCUAAGAUCCAGCUUUGUAGCCAUGAUGGUGAUGUACAUGGUCUUAGCAACCACACCAAAUGCUGAAGCCGUACUCACAUGCGGGCAGGUGACUGGAGCCCUGGCCCCGUGCCUGGGUUACCUGAGGAGCCAGGUAAACGUUCCAGUCCCGCUAACCUGUUGCAAUGGUGUGAGGGGACUCAAUAACGCUGCACGGACCACACUCGACAAGCGCACCGCUUGCGGCUGCCUCAAGCAAACUGCUAAUGCCGUCACUGGCCUCAACUUGAACGCUGCUGCUGGCCUCCCUGCUAGAUGUGGUGUCAACAUUCCUUACAAAAUCAGCCCCACCACCGAUUGUAACAGAGGGAGUGUGUCAAGCAACUCUAGGACUUGCUCUAAACACUUGAAAAUGGAGGUUUUAAAGGCUUUCUUUAAAAUAAAAGUAGUGCACAUAGUUGUGGCACUUGCACCAAAUGUGAUAUUAGCCGAAGAUGUGAUCAGGAUUUUGGAAAGAGACUUUUUGGGUUUUCUUAUGAGACUUUAA